CAAACAUUUAAAUAAUUUUUUUUUUAAUUUUUGAUUUCUUUUAUAUAUAAAUCAUUACCAUGCAUUUAAAAACUAUACUAAUCUUUAGUUCAGUAUGUUUUUUUGCCGGCAUAAUGGGCCAGGGACUUAAUGCAAAACAAAUAUGUUACUUUCAAACACUGGUAUGGAAUCAUUUUGAUAUCAAAAGUAUAAAACGUGGUUUCUCAUGUAUUGGUAUCGAAGAGGAUUACAAUGAUUGUAGUUUGGAAGAAAAUAUAAAUAACACAAUGUCUUACAGUGAAGUAGCCCAAGGACUCUUCAAGAUUUUGAAUUGUAUGGUUAAAGUUAACAAGUGGGGCGAUAACAAAAAAGUGGAAAAACUAGAUAUAAAUAAUGUUGAAAAAAUUUCAACUAAAUUCAGACAUUUUGACAAAAACAAUAAUGGUUUUUUAGAUGAAGAAGAAUUCACAGAAUUCAUUUAUGAUUAUGAGCUCCGUGAUUUAAUUGGAAACGAAGUAACACUGAACGACUAUGAGAAUGUUAUAUAUACUUUGACUAAUUUUAGGAAUGAUAUUUAUCAAAAAAGCAGUUUAAAUUACGACUUAAGUGAUGUAAUGUUAAAAUUAUUAGAGUACAAGGCAAAAUUUAAUCAAACAAAAUUUGAUAUAAUUGAAGAUUUCGAUUUCCUUCUUGAUAGAGCAAACGAAAUUUCACAAGGUCGUCAAGCAGAAGAUUUUAAAUCAUUUCACGAAGAAUAGAUAUGUUGUAUAACGUAAUAUUUUGUUAAAGUUUUCAAAAAUCCGUGUUUUUAUUAAAUAUUAUAAAAUUAUAAAAAGUUAUAACACCUACAACCAAUCAUGUAUUGUAGUUUUUUAUUGCUCAAGGUUUA